ACGGCAUUCAGGGACCGACCACCGUUAAACUAGUGCCUGAACGAGGAGCGCCCUUUCGUGAUGCCCUUCGUUUCAGAUCUGGUCCUGGCCCGCGCAGUCUUCAUUCCUUUGACUGUUCUCGCUCUUGCCCUCGUUUUGUGAACCUCCGUCCUUCGCGUGUGCAGCGUGAGAUCGACCGCCUUGCUUCAGCGGUGCAAGAGAAGGACUUCACGCGUGCAGGUUUGGUCUGCUGGUUCAGACCCCCUGCUUCCCACGCAAUGGAUACGGAAACGUUGUCCACGCCGGCGGCCGGUGCAGAGGAGCAUCCUUACACCAACGUGUACACCUCCACCGCCGUGCGAAUGAGCUUAUCAUCACGCCCCUCUUCACAGCAUUCUGGCUCCAACUACUCCUCCCAUUCCACCCCGGACGCCUCCCGACCCUCCUCCUUGUCCGCCCAAAAGAGCUUGGCCCCCGAUGAUGCAAUGUUCGAGGAGGUCUCCUUGAACUCAAGACCAAACUCCUACAAUGCAAAGAUUGCUCCCAUCAAGACGUCCUUUACGGGCAAGGAGAACUCCCAUCCGCUUAUCGUCGAUACGCCCCCUCGAUCUCAAUCCCCCUUGGGCUCGGACUACUCCGGCUCCCCGGGCAAAGGCGAGAGAAGUCCUACAACACCCACCAUGCCCGUGUCACCCAUCACCCCCUACGAGGCCCGCAUGUCCAUCAACAGCUUGAACUCCUUUGACCUUGCAGAUGUCGACUAUGGCUAUGUCUCGCAAGCCAAUCAGGAUGCAGAUACGAACGAGACGCCCAGGGGCAAGGUCAAGGCAAACAAUGUGGAGCGCGCAGACAACGCGUGGGGCUCCUCAUGGGCCCUGCCUCGACAGCGCCGACCGACUUUGACACGUCCUUCGCCUCCCGCUCGACAAAGUACCCUGUUUGACAUGUCCAAGGAUUUGCCUCUCACCCCGACAACUCCGACAACCGACACGAAUACAAAGGCAGAGGACAGCACAUCAGAAGAACAUGGCAGAGAGGAAGACACCCAUGCGUACGAAGAAGAGCAGUCAUAUGACGCAUCGGCACCAGCCCUGAACGUGAUUGAUACAUCCUCGGUCUGGAGAACGGAGAGAUUCAGCAGUCUCGGUGCUCCUACAAGAGUGCCCACUUGGCCAGCAGACGAUGAGCUGGCGGAGUUGGACUGGAGUACUCUUGACCGCAACGAGGAGCAGGAGAAGGAGGACAAAGAUGUACCACAAGGUGCAGAGGACGAAUCCACGCGUUUCCUGCUCGCGCGGCUGGAACAAGAGAACGCAAAGUUUGCUGCCGAUCCGAAGGCAUCAAUCAGCAAAAGGACUGGUCGGCAGCGCAGCCAAACCCGACCACCCAGCAUGGCACAUCUGAAGAAGCUUGUUGCACAGGACGCCCCAUCCAUUCGCUACAGCCUCGUCUCUGACGUCGAAGUACCCGUACCCGAUGAACCGCCUGCCAUGACCGAGCUCGAGUUCUGGGCUGCACUGGUGCAAGACUACCCAUCCACGGCAUCGCGAUUACCUACAUUGACCGCCACCAAAAUCCGGGCUGGAAUCCCUCCUCCACUCCGAGGCGUGGUCUGGACAUCGAUGUCGGGAGCCCGGGACAAGGAUUUGGAGGAAGCGUUCGAGACGCUACAGCACGAGGAGAGCCCCUACGAUGGCAUAAUCAACAAAGACGUCGGCCGGUCCUUCCCCGGCGUCGAGCUGUUCCGGGACGCCGAAGGUGAAGGGCAGAAGAUGUUAGGUCGAGUGCUCAGAUGUUUCUCCUUGCACGAUAAGGACAUUGGAUACUGUCAGGGGCUGGGCUUUCUCGUUGGUCCUCUGUUGAUGAACAUGGGCGAGAAGGAUGCAUUUUGUGUGCUCGUGAGGCUCAUGGACCACUACGCUCUUCGGCCAUCCUUCUUGCCGUCGCUCUCCGGCCUCCACAUGCGCAUCUUCCAGUUCAGCAACCUGUUGAAGCAGCAUAUGCCCACCCUAUCCGAGCAUCUGAGCAGCUUAGGCGUCGAACCGGCAUAUCUUUCCCAAUGGUUCCUCUCUUGCUUCGCAGUCACCUGCCCUCUGCCAAUGCUGUUCAGGAUCUACGAUGUCAUCUUCGCUGAGGGUGCGAAUGAGACUGUCAUGCGAGUCGCCCUCGCGCUUUUCCGACGGAACGAGGAAAAGAUGAUGGCCAGUCACGAGUUCGAAGACGUCAUGCAGCUUUUGCUCGGCCGGGCCCUCUGGGACGUCUACGCAUGCAACGCAGAUGAAUUGGUCGACGAUUUCACCUCUCUGGGCAACAUCAUCACGUACGACAGGCUCGCAGAGCUUGAGAGGGAAUUUGAGAGCAAGAGUAGCGACGCGGUUGGGCAAUCUGCGGGAUUCCUUCCCGAUGUCCAAGCUGCCGCAUCUCGAUUUCUCGGUCGGCUUUGGACUCCGGGCCAUACGCUUACGCCGAGCAAAGGCGUCAAUGCUUCACUUUCUCCGCAAAACACAGAGAAGACCACUUCGACAUAUGGCUACCUUUCGCGCCCCAGCGCCUUUCUCAGAAGAUCUCCGAGCAAGACGAGCUUGGGUGCCAUCAACGACAGCAAUUCGAGCGAGUCGUCGGGCGGGGGCAGUACGAGCACAGCACCCACAGAUGCAGACAUACACGAUGCGGCGGCACGCGAAAGCCAAGCGGAUUCCAUGAGUAUGAGAUCAAAGUCAGAGUCGAUGUUUACGAUCUCUGGCUCGACAUCGGCGCACGCUCAACAGCUGUCGAGUCCACCCGGUACCAAGGAAGAAGAGCUCCAAUCAGAGAUUGAAGACCUGCUGAUGGCGCUCUCGGAGAUGCAAAGAGAGCAUGCUCAGAUGGCUGCUAUGCUGCAGCGAGAACGCGAAGAAAGGACUGACGAUCAGAGAGUGGUGAAGAAACUCGUGAGCAAAUUGAGCAACGACGAAGGAGAGCGAAAGACAACGGUGCGGCGAAGUAUGCCGCCGCCUCCACGGCCCAGCAGCGAGGAGGUCACCAACGUGGCCGACAAGAGGAAGACUCUGCCUCCCGGAUUUCUCACUGCGCCUGUGGACGAGGGCUUGAACACAGACAGGCCGUCAAUCGUUGUUGGGGAGCAUCAGAGCGAGGUGGAGGAUCUUGUGCGGGAAGUACAAUCAAGACUCGAAACCAGCGCUCGAUUCUCAGCGAGUUUCGAGACGCGAGCGCAGUUGCGCAGUGCGUUGGCGCGAACACGCGAGCAAUUGGCAACGGCCGAGACUCAGGUCAAAGAUUUGAGUGAGAGGGUUGAAUUUGCCGAACUCAGCUUGGCCGAACGUCAGGCCGAGGACGAGAGCUUACAGGCGGAGGUCGAAGAACUGCGGGCCAGGGUGAACGAUGAUUUCAAGGAAAAGAAGAAGCAUGAGCUUCAGAUUGAGAAUCUCCAGAUUCAGAUCCGCAUGGAGGCGAAAGCGGUCGAGAAGAAGCUGCGCGCGGCUGAACUGGCUCGCACGGAGAACUCGAGCGAGGUGCCGAUCAUUCGCAAGCCAACCUUGGAGUCACCGGCUCGAUCGAGGACUGGCUCGGUUUCUAGCAACCCCGGGAGCAGUGCAGGUUUGCGGGAGCUCAAGUUGGGCAGGCGGGAGUCGGUCAGUAGUGUUGCCAGCAUCCGUUCUAUGAGGAGCCAACGCCAAACCGGAGACGAAUGGCCUCGAGUCAGCCUUCCCCCAGCCGACACCCCAACCUCUCCGCCCAGAAGUCCGGAGCCCGAUCUCACGCCCACCACACCCACAAUCUUGCCCACACUACCCCAGACGCCAAACCUCGCUGUGCCCACGCCUAGCGGACCGUACUUUGCCCGACGAACGACGAGCUUGGCAGCCAAAGAAGUCUUCGCUACGCCCCAGCACGAACCCGUCCCAGAGGAUGCUCUUCUCCUCGAGCUCGUGAACGCCAAGACGGCAGAAGCAACAGCGAGACAGGAGGUCGACGAGAUGAAACGCAGCAUGCAAAUGCAGAAACGACGCGCAGACGAGACUCUCCUCGAACUGCAAGCCGCCGUUGCGAAUGCGAAGCUAGAGGCCGAGAAGGCGCGCGAGGAAGCCGAAAAGGCACGGCAGGAGGCCAAGAUGGCGAGAGCGGAAGUCUUUGAUGCGUCGGAGCUGAGCACGCCCAUGACGCCCGCAGCGAACUAUCCCUUCUAUCAAACUCGGACCGAUUCUGCGGAAAAGAGCCCUUCGCCAGCUGCUGGAGUCGUCUAUUCGGCUUCUCCCUCGCCGUCGCCGGUUGAGCCGACGGAGCAGAAGGAUGCUGAGGCGGGGAGUGCGGGCUUUGCGGGUUGGUCAUUCUGGAGUAGGCGGAAUGCUAGCGCGACCAAGUCGCCUGGAACUUGAGGUGCAUGGAGAGGCACUAGAAAGAGGGGCUUUGACAGGCGUAGCUGCUUUAAUGUCUGAUGGUGUUUUGUAGGAUGUAGGGCAUUAGAGCGAGUUUGGUGGUGUGGAAGAACGGCGAAGC